GUGAACCAAGCAGAUGUUUUAAAGCUCCAUAAUCUAACGGGUUGAGGUCGAGAAGGAUGAAAACAUCUCAUCCUAAACCCACUGGACGACGGUAGCCUAGUUUGUAUGAUAAACCAGAUAAACUGCUCUUAGCUAAAGUCGUAAACGAUGAACAUCGAGGGGGAGGAGAUGCGCAAACCAAUCCGGCUCAUCUCGGCUGCCUGCAGUGAUAUGGGCAUAGGAAAGAACGGACAGCUUCCCUGGAGUCUUCCAAAAGAAUUUCAGUUCUUUCUGGAUACGAUUACAGCUGUGUCAGCACCUGGAAAGAAGAAUCUGCUUGUCUGGGGCCGAAUCUCCUGGUUCUCCUGUCCUGAAACAGUCUUCCCUUUGGCCAACUGCUUAAAUUUGGUAUUGAGCAGAAAGAUGAGUGCAGUGCCUCCACGUGCCCACUAUCUGUGUAAGGAUUUCGGGACAGUAAUUCGCCUGGCUUCUGAGCCUCCUUUAUGUCACAUUGUGGAGACCAUCUGGGUUUUAGGAGGUCCAGAGGUAUAUAAGGAAAGUCUUGAGCAUCCAUGGUGUGAUCUCAUCUAUCUCACCAACAUCAUGGCCGACUUUGACUGCAAUGUCUUUUUCCCAAAAUUUGAUCGCAAUGUUUUCAGAAAACAAAAGGGCUUUCCUGGAGUACCAGAUGAAAUUCAUGAAGAAAAUGGUAUUAAAUUUCAAUUUCAAGUAUUCAAGAAAGAAGCUUAAAACUGAAGCCACGAGGAAACAAGACCAGGGCCGUCCCUGGCUAACGCAGGGCCCGGUGCCAGUUGCACCGCCCAAAGGACAGCCCUGGACAAGACUGUCAAACAUGUUACUUGAAUUGUUUUGUUUACAUAAUCUGAAACUACUCAUGGUGAUGGAAAUAAAUAUGAGACGGGAGAAAAAAAUGCUUUUGCAUUUUCUCGCAAAUGUAUAGCUAUCCCCUAAGAAUAUUUGCGUUCUCUCCCCAUAUAUUGUGUUCAUUUUUAAAACUUUUGCAGAAGUGUUACAUUCCCUGAAAAACUCGUUACUGUGCAAAAGUGUUGCAUUCCCACAAAAAAACAUUUAAUUCCUUAGCAAAAUAUUUCCAUUCUUUCACAAAAGUAUUGCAUUCUUCUGAGAAAUUUUGCCUUUUUCGCCAAAAAUUUAUGUUCUUCUGCAAAAGUAUUGCGUUCCCCCAAAAUAUUUUGGGUUCACUCAAAAAACAAAAGUAUUGCAUUCUCCUGAGACAUUUUGCGUUCUUUUGCAGAAGUAUUCUUGCCCCAAAGUAUUGCAUUCCCUUUUGCGCUCUCUCGCAAAAGGAUUUCUGUAUUGCCUAAAAAAUAUCCAGGUUUUGGCUUUGUUUUCCUGUUUUCAUACUUGCAUAAGGUAAUGAUCUAAAAGUAGUUUGACCAAUAACAUGCAGGCAUUAUACAUAAUUGACCAAUCGUGGUGUGUGAGAAGGUGGGAUCUACAGAGAACGGUCAAAGCAAUGCAAAUACGCGCCCAUAUCAGGUGUUCAACUGGAAGUAGUGCUGCGCAGACCGAACGGUGUAUGACAGAGUACCACGAAAGGGAUUCGAAAGCAUAAGGAGCUGUCUGCUCUGUCUACAGCUCUCAUGGUACUUAGAUGUCAUACAACGAUCAAUUUGCGUGGCGCAAACAGCCAAAACCUGGUCAUUUUAAGCAAUGUAGAAAUCCUGGCCAGAACUUGUCCCCGGAAAAAGGCACGUAUGGUCACCUUACCCCAGAACUGGAAUUGAGAACCAGUACUUUAGGGCAGGGGUGCCCAAUUCUGUUUCUGGAGACCUACCUUCCUGCAAAGUUCAGUGCAAAUCCUGCUCCAACACAUCUGUCUGUAAUUAUCAAAUGUUUCUGAAGAUCUUAAUUAGCCUGUUCAUGUGAGUUUGAUUAGGGUUGGAGCUGAACUUUGCAGGAGGGUAGAUCUCCAGGAACAGAAAUGGGCACCCCUUGUAUGAAACAAUAUUUGACAUCAUUUUAUCGUUAUGUCAGCUUUGUACAAUCUAACAAUACUGUACAGAAGAUCACUUUAUCUCAAAGGCUCUGUUGGGCGCUACAGUAUAUAACUGGUGGUACUUCAUCACCAUCCAAAUCAUAAGUAUUUCAAAGCAGCUAGUUCUUUAUAUUAACCAUAUGAAGACCAUUUUCCUAAUGUCAUCUUUUUUAUUACAUAAAAAAAUCACACCACACAUGACCUAAACAGCAGAUGGACACAGACAUUGUGACAUGUUGCCAGUGAUGAGCACCACUUCUUUCACGGUUACACAUGCAACAGUUUGUGACCACUCACCAGAUCUACUGUUACUCAUCUCACUGUCACCAUGGUGACACGAGUGUGAUGAAUCAAAGCAGAUCAGGGGGAUGGGACACAGUGAGAGUCAUAUAUGGUUUGUGUAUAUAUAUACCAUCUGCUGUGUGAACUCAGUGCCUUACUGCAAUUAGUAUUAGUUUUUUGUCAAGUAUAUUUUGUAGACAGUGUAUUUAACUUCUUAGAUUUGUAAUAUCAUUCCAUACACUUGUUUUUUGUGAAAUUAAAUCUGUGGUGCUAUAAUAAAGUCAGUUUCUAAUCCAAAUUAAAAUACAAAGUGUGCAGCAACUUAUUGACCACAUAUAGUGGGAUAUUAUUUUUUUAUAUAUUUGAGUAAAUGUCCAGUGUACAUUGUGAUAGUGAAUGGCCUUGCCCACUAGAUGGAGCUGGCAGCUAGGAAGUCCUGCAGUUAUCAGGUUUUUGAGGUAUAUAACUGGCCUUUCCAAACACAAGUUUGGCCCACCCAUGAUUUCACACAAGAUCCUCAAAAAGAAAAGAAAAAACAUUCUCAAAGCAUGCUGGAUAACAUUGAAAACAUACAAUCUAAAGGGAGACAUAGGCCUACAAAAUAAUAAGAAAUCCAUGAUAAUUGUUAUGCUGGUAUUAUAAACUAUUGUUCAAAUGUUUGGGGUCAAUGAAUUUAUUAUUAUUGUUAAAUAUAAUAUCAUUAUUAAAAGACUUUUAUUCAGUAAGGAUGCAUUAAAUUAAUAAAAGUGAUAGUAAAAACUUACAUUGUCACAAAAAAAAAUCUAUUUCAAAUAAAUGCUGUUCUUUUGAACUUUCUAUUUAUCAAAGAAUCCUGAAAAAAAAAGUUUCACGGUUUUCACAAAAAUAAUAAGCAGCACAAAUGUUUUCAACAUUGAUAAUAAUAAAAUAAAAUAUGUUGCUUGAGCACCAAAUCAGCUUAUUUGAAUCAUUUCUGAAGGAUGUGACACUUAAAACUGGAGUAAUGAAAAAUGCUAAAAUUCAUUUUUGCCAUUUCAGUAUAUUAAAAAAAGAAAACAGAUGUUUUAAAUACAAAUAAUAUUUCACAAUACUACUGUUUUACUGUAUUUUUGAUCAAAUAAAUGACACCUUGGUGAAUACAAGACACGUUUUUCAAAAACAAAUUGGUGGUAUUGCUGUUUGGUUUUUAAAUCUAAUGUCUAAAAUGUCCACAUUGACAUCAAUAAAAACCAACUCAUGGUUGCAUAUAGCACAUUCUGAUUAGAAGAUCUGAGAGCAGAUUGCACACAGAGGACAGCGGAGCGCUUCAGCAUGACCUCAGACAUGGAAUAUUUACCACCUUAAUAUUCCAGCAUGCAAAGUCAAGCACUGGGCAGGAAAUUAUAGACUUUAAUUGCAUGUGUCAUCUAUUUUCAUAAUUUCCCUGAGUUAUGCCCCAUAAAAUCAAUGUGUAACAUUUGCUAAUAAUACCCACUGUCACAUUUCAAAUGAAAAAGAGCUAUUUAUAUCCUCGCUUAUUAACCUCCUAUGUGUUCGGGUAUAACUCAAAGUGUCAUUUGCAGGAUAAAGCAGCCAUCCGGUUGGAGCCAUGCACGAGGAGUGGACAAAGAAUGGAGAACAAAGAGAAAGGCAGAGGCAAGAAUUUAGAGAUGUAGAAAAAUCAGAGCAGCAAUAAAUAUUAAUGAAACCUACCCAAAAAGGUGCUGCAUAAAUUUAUUUAAUCAUCAACUCUAAUCAAGCUCAAAAAUAUCCAUUAUUUUGAGAAGCUUGUGAGAAAUGUAAUAGUUUACCAUUAAAGAAAUCAUAAAGUCCACUGCGUAAACAGCAGAUGCCACAAGGCAAUAU